GACCUACUUCCCUUGAACCUAUGUCAUUAGAAACAGGAGAACGAAAUCCCAGAGGAAUUCCAAAAGCUCCGUUCAUCGUAGAUGUCGAUGCACAUCUGGGAGGACCAGAUGGCGACGCCGAGGGUCCUUUGAAAGCAAUCCAAGAGUCGAUCGGCAAAUAUCGCUACAUGGACGCCAACCUCACUCAACGGCGGCAAGGCCUCGAAGAGAAGAUACCCGAUAUCAAAAAGACCUUGAGUAUGGUGCAAUUCCUGAGCAACCAGCAUUCCGAACAUGAAGACGAAGAAGACGGGGGGAAGCUAAAAACAUCGUUCGAGUUGAACGACACUCUAUUCGCAGAAGCAGAGUUGGAGGAUACAGAUACCGUUUUCCUUUGGCUAGGCGCAAACGUUAUGUUAUCGUACAAAAUCCCAGCCGCAAUCGAGCUACUAAAAUCCAAACUAAAAGCCGCCGAGAAGAGUUUGGCAAACACAGAGGAAGACCUGGAGUUCUUACGGGAGCAACUGACUGUCAUGGAAGUCAACAUGGCUCGAGUGUACAACGCAGACGUGAAGCGGAGGAGAGAGAAAAGAUUAAAAGAAGGCGAGAAGGACGGUGGUUGA